AUGCCUGUGAUGAAUAUGGCUGAAUUCAUACAAAAAGCUAAAGAUUAUACAUAUCCUAAAGGUUUAACAUCCAAACCAUUAAGUGGUGAUGAUGAACAUUAUAUUCCAAUUACGCCUCAGCAUAUAAAUUUAACAAAAUGGAUAUUAAGGAUCAUAUAUCAUAUGUACGUGAAUGUUCUUAAUCUUUGUUUACCAGCGCCCCGAAUUCACGACGCCAUUUAUUUCAUAAGUUUCCAGAUUUCCGAAUAA